CUCUCUCUCUCUCUCUCUCUACUCAGUCUCAAUUUUCGUUUUUGAAGCGCAUUAGAGAGAGAAACUCCGCAUUCAGCGAGUUAACUCAGUCACGAUUUCAAUUGCGUCGCAUAGAAAACAUCAUAUUUCAAUGGCAGACCGAGUCUACCCGUCCGGCGAUCAAGAAACGGCGUCAUCGACGCCUCAGAACUCCUCGGAACACCCACUCAGACCAAUUCCUCCGUCACCGGAGAAGCCAGUCCCUCCUCCGGGCACCUACGUGAUCCAGAUUCCCAAGGACCAAGUCUACCGCAUUCCUCCGCCGGAGAACGCCCGCCGCUUCCAGAACUACUCUCGCCGGAAAUCUCGCCGGAGCAAAUGCGGCCUCUGCCUCUGCUCUCUCCUCGGCUCUAUCGUCGUUCUCGCCAUCCUCGCCGGAAUCUCGGCCGCCGUUCUCUACCUCGUCUUCCGGCCAGAAUCACCGAACUACUCCAUCGACGACAUCGCGAUCAAGGGGAUCAACACCACCGCGUCAUCGGCGGAGAUUUCGCCGGCGAUCGACGUUGUUCUCCGAGCCAAAAACCCUAAUGACAACAUCGGAAUCUUCUACGGAAAAGACAGCUCCGUUACCGUUUAUUACUCUGACGUUGAGCUCUGUAACGGCGCUAUGCCGGCGUUUCACCAGCCGUCGAACAACGUGACGGUGUUUAAGACGGCGUUGACGGGGCCUGGGAUUGAGUUAACGGCGAGCAUGAAGAAGGCGUUGAGGGAUUCAGAGAAGAAAGGGAAGGUGCCGUUGAAACUGAAUAUGAAAGCUCCCGUCAAGUUCAAGGUUGGGUCCGUUAAGACGUGGACGCUCGCCGUUAAAUUCAGGUGUGAUGUUACGGUGGAUAAGUUAACGGCGGAGGCGAAGAUUGUUUCCAAAGACUGUGAAUAUGGUUGGAAAUUCUGGUGGUGAGAAUCAGUUUAAUAUGAGAGUUUUUUUUUUUUUUUUUUUUUUUUUUUUUCCGCGUAAAUUAGAACAUUGUGAUAUGGCUUAUACAUUGAUUUGCUUUUAUUUUAUUUUAUUCUUUUUAUUUUUUCAUGACCAUUUUUUUUUUUCCGUAAGAAGUUUUUAUGACUGUUAUUGUAGAGAUUAUAAAGAUGCAAGAAAAACAUGGUCUUAUACUCUUAUUUAUGCACAGAAUGGGCAGAAUUCAUUUGUUCUGCUUCAAUUCGUUUUUGGUCCUUCUGUAGUUGAGCCAUACAAGAAAACCGUUAAUUCGCCCUGCUGCUUAUAUACCACAGCAUCAAUCUCAACCCGACU